AGUAAAAUGAAUCUGAGUGUAACAUGAUUAUUGUUGUGUAUGUGUAAUGAAAUCAGACUCUGAUGCAGAAGUAAAACACAGUCUAUCUGAUUGCACUUCUCUCUUGAGCUACAAGUACACACUGCUGUUACUAAAUGCUAUGCAGACAUGGUUGUUUUGACGACUGGGAGAAGUGACGGUUACUGGGAAGCAUAGAUAUGGAAGAUGCAAAUGUGGAGCAAUUUGGACUCUAAAACCUAGUACUGUAAAAGGCUUUUUGUCACAGCACAGACAAAUGUGUUAAAUGAGGCUUAUGGGACAUGGCUGUGACCGUAGAUAUGCUUUUAGGCUGCAUAUGAAAAUAGAAUAAUCUUUUGCAUUUUUACAUAUCAACCAAGAGGUAUUAGUAGACAGUUUCCAUGAUGUCUCACUGUGACAUUGAAAGCAUCACUGUACAGCAGACAUGUCCAAACUAUUCCUCAAAGGGCCAUGUGGCUGUAGGAUUUUGCUCCAAUCAACCAUGAGCACAGAGUUUUGACCCCCACUGUACAGUAAUGAAUUUUAAUAUGUCGCUCAAACACUGAAGCUACGAUACCAAAAAAAACCCAAAAACUUUUUAAAUCAUUAAAUUUGUACUGACUCAACAUAAAGUCAAUGUGAUCAAUCAACAAGGACGAGAUGUCGAGAAAGAGCAUGAAAAGGUAUCUUACGUGUUUAAGAAGUAAUUUUACUGCAGCAAAAGUUCUCGGUGCUACUACAACUGACACCUGACUUAUUGCCAAUCUUGUUUUCUAGAGCCAUAGAAACCUAAAUAAAAAAAAACAGUUUCAUGCUCUUACGCUGAAGUAAUCAUUUGGUAAAAUUGUAAAAUAUAUUUUGCUUUUCCAAUGUGCAGAACAAACAAACAGAAAGAUAAAUACAUGCAUAAACGGAAGCAGGUAAUGAGGAGGACAUCCUGGAAUGAGGAAAAACGGUUGAGAUAUUAUCAAAUACAGAAUGUAAAGAUGACCAGAAGAGGGCAGUAAUGCAACAAAAUGAUGUCAAUCCCCCGUGUCCCUGUGUGAAGAGCCAAUGAUUAACGCAACACCGUAUGUCGGUCAAAGACUGUUAAAAUAAACGCAGUUUAGUGAUAAAGAUGAAUGACAAUGACAGAAAACACACUUAAGAACAUAAUUAAAUAACUUCAAUGAGUUCAAUCAAAUCUCUGGGCGAUUUAAGAUGUAAAACUGGGAAGACUAAGAGGAGAUGGACGGUGCCUGCUGUGCCGUGAGCAGAGCCUGUACUGCGCAUGUGCGGCGGUUCAGUUACCAUAGCGGUGCGUUGCGACCUGCUGAGUGAGUUGAUUUUUCAACUUCUGAGUCCUGUGCUUCGACGAAACAAACCCGACUACGAUGAAUGAUUCAACUUCUCACCGUGUGAACGGCUGCCAUUCCACCGACAACCUGUUGAUUUUUAUUAAUCCCACUUUUUAACGACCUGCCCUGCUGACAUCUUAUGUCUAAGAGAUCUGAGAGAUGGGAAUCAUCAACCGUUUUUUAAAAAGAAAAGAACCUGAGUUUUUACUUUAAAUUCGUUUUAGUUUAAUUUUAUACUUUGAAAAUCAUCAUUUUCCACUUCAACGAUGGAUUGUUUCAGUCAAAGGUGGAGACGCACAUCUCCCAUGCAGGGCAGCAGCAGCAGGAACGAGCUGGUGCCCUCUAAGACACCCAGGAUGAACGGCUGGUCGUGGCCACCUCAGGUCUUCCAGGUGCUGGGCUGGCUGGUCUUUGGCUACCUGGCCGUGGUCAGCUUUGGCAUCUAUAUACCCCUGCUACCCCGGCCGUGGAACCACGUGCUCUACUCUCUCAUGGGAAUAGCAUUUGCCGUUCACUUCUUCACCCACAUUGCUGCUGUUACUAUAGACCCAGCCGACGCCAGCGUCAGGGCCAAGCACAGUUAUUCUAGUCCGAUGCCCGUCUUUGAUCGGACGAAGCAGUCACAUGUCAUCCAGGACCUUCACUGUUACCUGUGUGAUGUCAACGUGGGGCCGAAAGUUAAACACUGUGGAGUUUGUAACAAAUGUGUGGAAGACUUUGAUCACCACUGCAAAUGGCUGAACACCUGCAUCGGUGGAAGAAACUACCACUGCUUCUUCGUAGCCCUGUCCUCUGCUACAGUAGGGGCCUUUCUGCACGUGGCCGUCAUCCUGUUUAUUUUUAUUCAGCAUUACUUGGACCCGAAGAUUCUACGGACUGCUCCACAGUUUGAAAGUGUCCUGGGGAACGGCACCUGGCUGGCGUUCAUACCAUUAGCACCAGUAAAGACAAGUUCAGCUGGACUUCUCAUACUGGCCUUCCUAACAGUGAUACUGAGCGCCAUCUGCCUGCUGCUGCUGUGUCAUCUGCUGGGUUUUCACUUUUAUUUAUUUUUCAAAGGAAUAAGCACAUAUGAUUAUGUCAAAAUGCAGCGACAAAAAGAGUCCAGAAGCCGAGACCCCGAAACAGGAAAAGCCAACGAUGCCAAUGACAAAAACCCAAAGAACCAAAGCAGCAGAAUGGACCGUGAACCCACUCCCUUGCAAAGUUCAAGUAAAGAUCCAGUCAGCUGCCGCAUGUCAGGAUGUACAGAAGUAAGCUCUUCAUAUUGUCACCCAACAACCUCAUACUGUCGAUGUUUUUAUGACAAUGUGAUUUUGACCACGUGCCGUUCAAACAAGUUGGAACACAUCAGGAAAUCAGCAGAGAAGAAGGACAGUUUUCACUACGGCACAGGACACACCACAGAGACCACGGCCAAAGAUAACAAAAGCUGGAAGUCCGAUGACAGUGAAGAAGAACCAAACCCCAGCAGGAAGUCAGUCGACAGUGUUCCCGGAAUGCAAGACCCACUGGGCAGCUCCGUGAUGACUGCAGAUGAUACGUAAAAAGGAGUUUUUCUGGAAGACGGACAUUUAUUUUAAUGACACGUUAUGAAACUGAGGCACACAGACUGAUUGAUGUGGUUCUGUUACUGUGUUUUUAUGACAGAUUAAUUAUUUAAAGCAUUUUUAUCACACGAAUUGUCACAGAGCUAUUGUUCUCUCCUGUUUACUGUGCUGUAGAUUGUAUUUCUUUUUUACCACUGAGAUUUUCACUAAGUGUGACCAGGAGGGAAAGGUAAGGUGAAGAAGUUUGGAGGCAAAUAAGAGACAAACGAGAGAAAAUGAAAAUGACAAAGCAGAAGAUGAUGAAGAUCAUGCUAUGACAUUACCCUGUGUUUGAAUCAGCCCGAGUCCAACUAAAACGUUAUGUGUAUUUUGGCAUCCAGCUAACAGAUCAGUCAGUUCUCUGUUGUUGUUUUUUUAACUGUGGAUGUUACGUCCUUAUCAGUGUUCAGUGACUGUUUUGUAUUUGAUAGUAAACAAUGUAAACACUCAACAUGUGCACAGUUCAUUCUGUUUUUCACAUACACUUACUCAGUGGCAUGUUUACAAAGUAGUGUUUAAAAAAAUAGAAAUAUUUAAUCUAGUACAGUAAAUAUUCUAGCAGAGUAUAGUGUAUUAUAGUGUAUUGUAUUACUACUAUUACUACAACUUUUUUAGUAGUGGUUUAAAAGCAGUCUGUUUAUUUACUUAAUAUGAAUGUGCGUAUAAACAUUAAACCACACAGCGGCGCUGUUGGACCAGUUGAACAAGAGCAUGACGCCAUAGACUCAGGCGUCUCACAAUGACAACAAUCCCACUCGGUGGACAUUUAAUCGUAUUUGUUACGAGUACAUGCAAUUUUAACGCUAUUUUCUCUAUGAUUUUAUUUUUAGUAUUAGAUCCAGGAGCAUGAAUAUGAGUUUACAUAUCCAUCCACCAACAGCCACGGUACAAACACUGGUUACGUAACGCAUUCAAGUAGUGUGCAUUCAGGGAGGUCCAGGAGGCAGUUAAAAGUAAAAUAAUUCACAAUAAUAUCUUGAUUUACGUACAUAAGGACACAAUAAUUAUUAUUUUCAAAUUCCGAAAAUGACAACUGAUUAUUUUGAGGCCAUUUUGUAUCACAAAUGUCCCCAGAUGUUUUUACAGAUGUUUUUUUAGCAAUUGUCUGCUGGACAACAGUGGCACUGUUGCCCAAAACAAUAUUUUAUCGGUAGUUUUCAAAAUGUAAUACAGGAAAUACUUCUUUGAUAUGGUUGUCAAACAGAGAAUGCGGCUCUUCCUGUCUUACCUCUAGAGGGUGCCAGAUAUGCAGCGUAUCCUGUAACUACCAACUGUCAAUUUACUUCAACUAAUAAAUGACCAGGCCAUCAGUUCAAAUCAUAUUGUCAUAUCACCAAC